AGAAACACCACUUGCCUACCAGCAAUCCUACGUAUAAACAAUGUGAGUCGCAUAUAUCCGGCGACAACGAAUUGUACUAAGUCAUGCCGUUUCUGGAGACUGCAAUCGCUUAUCGCACACCCAACAUGGCCCACGACCACGCCGAGCACGAGCAGACCCCAGAGCAGCUCCAGGUUCAAUUCGAGCAGCUUGGUCUGCUUGAGUCGAAGUUCGAGGAUGCGGAGGAGCAAGUCAUCCGCAAAACCGAGGAGAUCAAGGCUCCGGUCUACAAAGAGCGCACCGAGUUCGUUAAGAACAUCCCUCACUUCUGGACCUUGACCUUCGAGCAAUGCCCGCCCGAGGUCGAGAACUUCAUCCAGCCCACCGACUCCGAAGUCUUUGCCGACUGCUUCGAGACAUUCGAGGUCUCGCGCUUCGAGCUCGACGACCCCAAGGGCUCGCCCAAGAGCUUCUCGCUCAAGUUUGGCUUCGCAGAGAACGAGUGGUUCGAGAACAAGACACUGGAGAAGAAGUUCUGGUACCGCCACACCCAGGAUUGGGACGGCCUCGUCUCCGAGCCUGUUAAGAUCAACUGGAAGAAGGGAAAGGACCUAACAGGCGGCCUCACAGAUGCAGCCGUCAAGCUGCAUAAGGCACGGACAAAGGUCGCGGAUAGGAAGAAGGAGACUGCACUGCCAGAAUAUAAGGAGUUGGCGAAGAAAAUCGAGACCUCUGCAGAUGCGUCAGUGAGCUUCUUCGGGCUCUUCGCCUUCGUCUCCGGGUACCGAUGGGUUAGCGCCGAGGAGUCUGAGAAGGCUGUGCAGAAGGAUAAGGAGGCUCUCGCCAAGAUCAAGGCCGGCAAGAAGGUCGACGAGGAAGAAGAGGAAGAGGAUGAGGAUCCUCAGGACUACCAAGAGACAGAGGUUUUCCCCGGCGGCGACGAGGUCGCUACUAUCAUUGCUGAGGACAUGUGGCCCAACGCUCUCAGGUACUACAAGCAGACCUUCGAGCAGGACGGAGAGUUCGACGAUGAAGAACUUUCUGAGCUCGAAGUCGAUAUGGAUGAGGAUGAUGAGUCAGGCGAGGAGGUCGAUAUUCGCGCUCUCGUUGGUAAGGGUAAGAAGGACAAGGACGAGCCACCUGCGAAGAAGCAGCGCAAGGCUUAAAGGGCCCGUGUUCGCAAAAUGAUUGAAUGGCUAUGAUAUCCUCAAAAUUUCUAUACAAGACACAAUGUCGUCAUACACAAAUGCGUAGAGCUGCA